AUGGAACCCAAUCCUGAAGUUGUUGCCACACUCAUAAGCUUAGGAUACUCUCAAGCACAAGUUUUACAAGCUCUUCAAAUUAGUGAAAACAACGCGGAAACAGCUUUAGAGCUUUUAAGUUCAGGAUGCAUAGAAGAACCAGCCCAAUUGACAGAUAAUAAAAUUCAACCAAAAGAAAACAACCUUUUCAGUAAUAUUUUUAACGAAGAAAGAUACAAGAUGGUUGCUUUAGUAAGAACCGAUCUAGGGAUGGGGAUAGGAAAAAUUGCAGCACAAGUAGCCCAUGCAUGCGUUCAUGCAUAUAGAACUGCAGAACCGCGAUUAAUAGAACGUUGGGACCACUCAGGCGAUGCUAAAAUCGUCUUAAAGGUAGACAGCUUAGAAGAACUAUUAGAAUACUCAGAAAAAGCCAAGGCUGCUGGGAUUAACACAGCCAUCAUCAAAGAUGCUGGCAGAACUCAAGUUGAGCCCGGCACAACCACUGUGUGUGCAAUAGGACCAGAGUCUGUAUCUAAAAUUGAUGCAGUCACAGGAAAGCUAAGACUUCUCUAA